CCCGGUGUUACGUCAUCGACGCGCGCCGCUCCCAGGCGUCCUCGCAAGGUCGCUUUGCAGAGCGGGUGCGCGCCCAAGUGUCCAGACCCUGUUUCGGGGGUGCGCCGGGUCCUUUUGCCUUACCCCAGCGGCAACAUGACGGGGUACACGCCGGAUGAGAAACUGCGGCUGCAGCAACUGCGGGAGCUGAGAAGGCGAUGGCUGAAGGACCAGGAACUGAGCCCGCGGGAGCCUGUGCUGCCCCCGCAGAAGCUAUGGCCUAUGGAGGCGUUCUGGAAUAAGUUUUUGCAGCACCCGGCCCCUUGGAAGAACAUGAUCCAUAAAGCAUACCGGAGCAGUAUCUUUGCUGUUACUCAUGUACUUAUACCUGCCUGGGUGGUUCAUUAUUAUGUCAAAUAUCAUGUGACUACAAAACCAUAUGCCAUUGUUGAAAGGAAGCCCAGAAUAUUCCCAGGAGAUACAAUUCUGGAGACUGGAGAAGUAAUUCCACCAAUGAAAGAUUUUUCUGACCAGCAUCAUUGAAGAUGACUUUAAAAUUUCAAAGGCUUAUGUAUAACAACCCGAGUUUGUUCCUAUGUAGCUAUAUUUACUGAAUUUAUUUCCGAAAAAGUAGCUAAUAAAACUUACUCUCAAAAAAGUGUUAUAUUUCUUCCCGAACAUUGUACAGUUUGUGACUCCAGAUAACUUAACA